AUGAAAACUAUAAUCAAAUUAGCGGAAAGACAGUGGGCUAAGGGACUACAUUUGGAUAUUGCGAAAUAUGUGGACUCAUCACUCGGUUGGGCUGGGGAACGUGGCGAGGACUCGAGCUACGACUCCGAAUGCGAGGACGAUGGUGGGCAUCGCACCGCCUCCAGGACUCCGUCGGAUACGCUCGCAGCAGAGUUCGCGGAGUACGUCACACUCUCGCCAGCACCCCCACAACCUAACCAGGCCAAAAUCGAAUUCGCCAUAAAAUUGGGAUACUCGGAGCACCUGGCUCGCACAGCUCUGAAAAGAUUGGGGCCAGACCCGCCGCGCAAUGAGUUAUUGGCCGAGCUGAUCAAGUUAGCCGCCAAGCGACCCCAGCGGAACAUUUCUCCACCUCACACUCUGGAACCAGAACCGCUGCCUGAUCGAGCACCGCUUAGGCACAUUGUCAUCGAUGGCAGCAAUGUCGCUAUGAGCCACGGUAAUAUGGAGAUAUUCUCGUGCCGCGGCAUCGAGAUUUGCGUCGAUUGGUUCAGAGCGAGAGGGCACAAGGAGAUCACAGUGUUUGUUCCCACUUGGCGCAAAGAGUCUACUAGACUCGACAACCCCGUCUCCGAGCGUGACGCCCUCGAUAGACUCCAACGGGACAGGAUUCUCGUGUAUACGCCAAGCAGGCAUCGAGGGGGAAAACGUCUCAUUUGCUACGACGACAGAUAUAUCCUUAAGCUCGCAGCCGAAACGGACGGCAUUGUGGUAUCAAACGACAAUUACAGAGAUCUCGCGGCGGAGAGCCCCGAGUACAGGAAGGUCAUUGAGGAACGCCUACUUAUGUACUCCUUCGUCAACGACAGGUUCAUGCCACCAGAUGACCCCCUGGGCAGAAACGGCCCCACGUUAGACGCAUUCCUUCGUGCGCCACCAUCGCGCACCGACCCCCCACCACCUUGUCCAUACGGACGGAAGUGCACUUACGGCAACAAGUGCAAGUUCCACCACCCAGAACGCGCGGGCAGACCGCACAAGUCUGUUACCGAGAAGCUGUCUGAGCAAGCGGCGCGUAAGGCGCUGCACACGCUGAGUCUCCCGCCCGGCGGCCGUCCCACGGACAUGAAGAAACCGUUAGCAAGAGCGCAUUCUGCUACGCCAAGACUUGCGGACCCCACACUGGCGACGCACUUCGACAGGGCACAACGGCCCGGACCCUCUCAGCCGCUCGCGGAUAAUCCCCAUAAGAAACUCGCGCGCCAAUUGACUCUUAACCCAGCUUGCGAUCCGAGAUUGCAUGCGACUGCGUCAAGAGUCUCUUCCGCGCCGGUCGGGGCGAUAGGUGCGAUGCCUAUUCACAUGGCCGGGGUGUCCCUCUCCCCCUGUGCCUCCGAAGGCGCCCUUCAACUUUGGGAAGCGCGUAGGCGGAUGCACUACCACUUGGCUAACAUAUUCCCCGAAGUGCAAGUUGCCGAAGCGAUGAACGCGUACCCAGACGAAACGGACGCGCAAAAGAUGUGCGCCAUUAUACUAGCUAGAUACAGACCGAGCGAGGCGACAUUGCCUUAUCCAAUGCAUUAG